UUUUGUUUACUGAACUUUAAGACUUUGAAAAGAUGCCUCGGACGAAGCACUCUCAGCGCUCCCAGGCUGCCAAAAAGAGGAUGGCGGACCGGAUGACAGCUGAGGUUUUGCCACCUCUUAAAAAAGCAGCCGAAAUAUCUCAACGUUGUAUGCAUGACAACGUGCUUGAAAUACCUGAUCUUAACAAUUUCCGCAAACAACCUGAUCUUAACAAUUUCCGCAAACAACCUGAUCUUGACAAUUUACCUGAAAAUGACCUUGAUGAACCUUUGCUGACUCUUGAUGGACCUUUGCUGACUCUUGAUGGACCUUUGCUGACUCUUGAUGGACCUUUGCUGACUCUUGAUGGACCUUUGCUGACUGUUGAUGAACCUUUGAUUACCCUUGACAAACCUUUGAACACAAAAGAAUUUUCUAAAACUGUACCAAAAUCUUCCUCUGUACCUCACUCUACUACUGAUGAUACUAAGAUGACUGUGAAUGCUUUUUCUGCUGUAUCUCCACAGACUUCUUACAUCAGAGGCUCUUUCCAUCAAGGAGAUUACCGUUUUGGCUGGAAUAGGGGAAGCCAAUGUGGUGCAAACAGUUUAACUGCAAUUUUGAUGUGUAAGAUGAAAAAUGUGUUGCAGUGGACGAGAAGUGACCUGAAUGCUGUUCUGAUCCAUGGAGAUGACCUCUACAGUGCCAUGAGAGACGCAGGGAAAAUCAACGAUCGUACAAAUGGCUUCAUAGCCGUUCAUGAGCUACCAGACACACACACUCUCAAAGAUUGUCGUUUUUCAAUAAACUAUGGUGAAACAUUGACUGGCUUGUUUGGUGUCAAUAAGUAUGAUGGAGGAUUUCAUGGGUAUGCCGUGUCAUUUGAGGAAGCAGUGAAUCGAGCAUUCCAGAGGUUUGAUGCCAUUUUAGUGAAUAUUAAGCUAACCAUAUGUGCAGCUGUGAGAGAAGGUUCUUGGUAUGCAGUGAUUGAUCCACAUUCAAGACGAGGUGAUGGCAGAUGUGUACCUGACGGUAAGAGUGUAGUAGUGUACCAUCGUGACUUGCGUUCUCUGAUGGGUCAUUUCCGGAAACUUGCUGUGUCCAUUAAUGCACGUUACCACGAGUUUGAGGUUACUGGGGUCGACGCAGUUAAGAUUGACAGAAACGAUCAACAGGGUAAGCCAUUCUGUCCAGUGACGCGCAAGACUGUUCAAGCAGUACAUGAGAGUGAAGGUGAGAAGUCACAAAUGGAAGUUGAUGUUGGGUGCAGUCGAUCUCGGAGCGAUUCCAGAAACUCAGUGAACAAAACGUGUGCAGAACAGAAAAUGGAAACGGCUUCGUACUCGGCUCGUGGAAAUGCAGCAGAUGUUGAAUUCAUUUCAGAAACUGCCAGUCUUUCUUUACAGUUUAGUCCAUUAACACUUGAGCAACAAAAGAGUGUUUGCUUAAAGCUGAACAUUGCAAAUGUUGUAAAAGAGCAAAAUAAUCCAAAUGUGAUGCCAAUUGAAAUGAUUCAGCCUUGUGAAACCAAAGAUAUUGUUGGUGAUGGGAACUGCUUUUUCAGAGCAGUCGCAUAUGCUGUGAGUGGAAGUGAAUGAGAACAUCGUAAACUGAGGCGUGCUGUAGUUUCUCACAUUUUGCAAAAUGAAGGAAUGUACGUACAAUUUCUGAGACAAGAGUACGAUUCUGUAACAGACUACAUUGCCACAACAAGAAUGAAAUUUGUUGGAAAUUGGGCAACAGAGAUGGAAAUACAAGCAGCCAGCGACUUAAUUGGUGUAGACAUAUUUACAUACAGUCAAGACAAAUGGUUUAAAUUUUCAUCUUCAAAUGCACAUGGCUGUCAAGGCAGUGCCAUAUAUUUGAAACAUGUAAAUAGCUGCCAUUAUGAAGUUGUUGUAUGUGGAAAAAGCAAGGGUGGUAACUGUGCCUCAUUUUGUAAAUCAACAUUUCAAGACUCAUUUUCUGAUGUGGCGUCAAAAGUGUGUUUAAACUCAUUUGAGAAUUGUUGUGAGAAAGUUGACUACAACAAUCAACUUGACUUCAAAGAAGAGAAAAAAAUGAAAGCAAAGAAAAGAUGCCAUGACGACGAAACUUAUAUGUCAAUAAUGAAAUCCAUAACUAAAAAAAACAAGAAAAAUGAGCAGCGUAAAGGACAAGUAAAGAAGGGUGUGGACAAAUCAGAUCAUUCAAAUGAGAAAUCAAAUGAUCUACACUGCAAAGCUGUGUCGGAAGUGGAAGUUCAUGUUGCCUGCAGUCAAUCUUUGAGUGAUUUGACAAACACAGAUGAAGUGUCUGUGAAUGAAAUGUGUGCUGAAGAAAAAACAGAAAUACCUUCUUUAUACCCAACAAAAGAAAAUGCAGGUGAUGUUGAAUUUAUUUCAGAAACUGCCACUGUUUCCUUUCAGUUUAGCCCAUUAACAGUCCAACAACAAAAGAGUGUUUGCUUAAAGCUGAACAUCGUACAUGUUGUAAAAGAACAGAAUAAUCCAAACGAGAUGCUAAUUGAAAUGGCUGAGCCUUGUGAAACUAAGGGUAUUAUUGGUGACGGUAACUGCUUUUUCAGAGCUCUAGCAUAUGCUGUGAGUGGAUCUGAACAAGAACACCGAAAACUCAGGAGGGCCAUCGUUUCACAUAUUCUGCAAAAUGAAGGAAUGUAUGUGCAAUUUCUCAGACAAAGAUACAGCUCUGUAGCGGAGUAUAUUGCUACGUCAAGAAUGAAAUUUGUUGGAACUUGGGCGACAGAGAUGGAAAUACAAGCAGCCAGUGAUUUAAUUGGUGUGGACAUUUUUACAUAUAGUCAAGAGAAAUGGCUUAAAUAUACAUCUUCAAAUGUCUCCUCUAAUAGACACAGCUGUCAGCAGAAGGGAAUUUAUUUGAAACAUGUGAAUAGCUGUCAUUAUGAAGUUGUUGUAUGUGUGAAAACCAAGAACAAUUCCUGUGCUUGCUUUUGUAAAGCAUCUUCUGAAGGUUCAACCUAUAAUUUAAAAGGUAACUCAGACCCACGUAAGCUUUAUAAGGAGAGACUGCAAUAUAGUUGUAAUCGUGAUAUUAAACAAAAGAAAAAAAUGGAAACUAACAAAAGAUACCAUGAGGAUGAUGCUUAUAAACAGAGAUUAAUUAAAUGCAGUACUAAAAAGUACAAGUUAAACAAGUGGCAUCAAGAAAAAGUAUGCAAACAGAGCACAGAUAAAUAUAAAUCGAAUGAUUUACAUUGUGAGGCUGUAAAACAAUAUAGCAUACAAAAGUACCAUACAGACACAGCACACAACCAGUUGGUCAAAAAGAGGAGCAUUCUGAAGUAUAAAGAAGACACAGAACACAGAGAGAUGGUUAUAAAUUACAAUGUACAAAAAUAUAAAACAGAUUUUAGUUUUGUCAAUGAUAUAAAAAUGAGAAAUGCUGCAAGACAAUAUGAAUCACAGCUAAAAAUGAAAGACAUAGACUAUGUAAUUGAACAGUUUAAACAAAAAAUAUGUACAGGUCCUGAAUAUGUUUGUUCAGUAUGUCAUCGUUGCUGCUUUAAAAUGCAGGUAAAAAAAUGCAAUAAAAAUAAAUAUCUUCAAAAAUCAAUCCAUGCUGGUUCUAUAGCAGAAAAAUGUAUUACAUUGAAAUAUCUGCAUGAGUGUAAUAAAGAUUGUAGUGAAAACUGUGUUUAUAAAAACAGACCUGCUGCAUCUUUAUGGAUUUGUCACACAUGUGAUAGAAAAAUCUGUGAAGGUAAAAUGCCAGCUGAAAGUGUAGAAAAUAAUCUACGUUUGGAUCCUAUUCCUGCUGAACUCAGUUGUUUAAACUCUCUUGAGCAACAUCUAAUAGGAAUGAAUAUUCCAUUCAUGAAAAUGUUGGCUUUGCCACGAGGAGGACAAAACGGCGUACAUGGCCCCGUAAGCUGCAUUCCAUCUAAUGUUACAGAAGUAGUCAAUGUUUUACCAAGAUCAGAAAAUGAUUCUAUGAUACCAAUAAAGCUUAAGAGAAAACUGACAUAUAAAGGGCAUUAUGAGUAUAAAUUUGUGAAUAGUGAUAAAAUUAAAACAGCAUUGGCAUAUUUAAAAGAUAAUAACAAAUGGUAUACAGAUGUAGAUUUUAACAAAAGUUGGAUUAAUCCUCUGAGUAAAAUAGAAGAGGAAAUGACUGAUAAAACAGAAAACAAUGAUAUGGAUCUGGACAAUUGUGAGGACAUGCGUAUUCAUGAAGAGCAAAACAUUGACAAUGAUGAUAAUGACAUGAGUGAUGAAACACUUCAUGAUCGACAACAGCAUGGUUUGUUUAUGGAUUCAUGUUUACAGCCAGUGGACAUUGCACAAGAGGUCUUAGAUCAACACUUUGAUGGCAUUAUGUCACUUGCACCAGCAGAGGGCAAUAACCCCGUGAGAAUGUUAAUGGAUGAAACUAAUGAAGCUAAAAGUUUUCCAACUCUGUUUCCAAAAGGAACACAUACAUUUCAUGAUUCACAACCUGAGAAAUUAACACUGUCUAGAUAUUUAAAUAAUAGAAUUUUAAAUGCAGAUGGACGUUUUGCCCACAAUAUCGACUACAUCUUUUAUGGACAAUAUUUGUCUGAGCUCAAUCAAGUUAUCUCUAAUGUAUCUAUUGCUUUGAGGAAAGGCUAUGACAUAAGCAAGGAAACAAAAAUUACCUCAAAAAUGCUGACAAACAAAGAGUCACUUCAAAGGAUUUUAAAUUACGAUGAGGGUUACAAGUUUUUAAGGCCAGUGAGAGGCAGUCCUGUUUUUUGGCAAGCGGUUCAAAAAGAUUUGUUUGCAAUGGUAAGGCAACUUGGGAUCCCAACAUGGUUUUGUUCAUUUUCAUCAGCUGAUUUGCGAUGGCCAGAGUUAAUGCAGUCUAUUGUGAAACAAGAGGGAUGUCAAACUCCUAUUGAUGAACUAGACUGGUCUGACAGAUGUGGAAUGCUUAAAAGAAAUCCAGUAACUGCUGCCAGAAUGUUUGAUCAUCGAUUCCACUGUUUUCUGAAAGAUGUCAUUAUGUCAGCAGCUCAACCCAUUGGAAAAGUAAUAGAUUAUUUCUAUCGAAUUGAAUUUCAACAACGUGGAUCACCUCACACACAUUGUCUGUUUUGGGUAGAAAAUGCACCUCAAGUGGACAGAGAGGACGAUGAUGAAGUUGUAGCAUUUGUUGAUCGUUAUGUCACUUGUGAAAUGCCACCUGAAGAUGAAACACAAAUGCAUGAAAUUGUGAGCAGUGUCCAACAGCACAGCAAAAGACAUGCAAAAACGUGUAAAAAGAAAGGCACUACAUGUAGAUUUAACUUUCCACGUCCACCUAGCAAUAAUACUUUCAUUACGAGAAGCAGACAAACAGAUAAGAAUCAAAAAACAACGGAUGAUGGACAAUGUGAAAGUAAAGACCACAAGCUAAACAAUUCUAAACAAAUAUCAAAAGAAUUAGCUGAAAGUAUAAUGAAGAAAGUAAAAGAAUGUUUGCUAAACAGUGAUGCUGUCUUUGACUCUGUUGACUCUAUGUUUGCAUCUAUUGGUAUAAAUCAAGAGAUAUUUGAAUGCGCUUAUAACAAAAUGACAAAGAAAACAAAUGUUGUGCUGAAAAGGAAACCAAGUGAUGUUUGGGUAAAUCAGUAUAAUGAAGAUCUUUUGCGAUGCUGGAAUGCAAACAUGGACAUACAGUUUGUUGUCGAUGCUUACUCUUGCAUAGUGUAUAUAGUUUCCUACAUUUCCAAAGCAGAGAGAGAAAUGGGAUUGCUGUUGGCAAAUGCGCAGAAAGAAGCACACAAAGAUGGCAAUAUGGAUGCAAAACAAGCUUUAAGAAAACUUGGAAGUGUUUUUCUUCACAAUAGAGAGGUGUCUGCCCAAGAGAGCGUUUAUCGUUUGACUAAUAUGAAAUUAAAAGAAGGAUCAAGGAAAGUGGUUUUUAUUCCGACUGGUAUUAAUACAGUAAAAAUGAGUUUACCUUUAAAUAUCAUAAAUAAAAAGGCUGAAAAGGAAGAAACUGACAAUGAUGAAAUAUGGAUGAAAAGUAUCACAGAAAGAUACAGAGCUCGUCCAAAAACUCAGGAAUUUACAGGAAUGUCUUUAGCGUCCUUUGCAUCGCAAUACAGAGUUCUGUCUAAAUCUGAAAAGUCUUGCUCAGACAGAGUAAAAUUGGAAAAUGACAUGGGGUUUGUGAGAAAAAGAACUCGUACAGAUUUUGCAGUUGUACGAUAUGCUCGUUUUUCACCCACUAAAAAUCCUGAAAAUUAUUAUCAAAGUAUUUUGGAAUUAUUUUUGCCUCAUUUUUUGCAAAGUCAACUGAAACCACCAAAUUUCACUUCAUAUCAGGAUUUUUAUGAAACUGGAUUUGUAGCAUUGUAUAAUGAUGAGCUUGAGUCAGUGAAAAUCAUUGUGGACACAAAGAGAUCAAAAUUUGAAAAAGAAGCAGACACCAUACAAAGAGCUCAAGAUGACUUAGAACAACAUGGACCGAUGGAAGACGCUUGGGCCCAAAUCUGUCCAGAAGCAGAACUUGAGCGUUUAGAAUGUCUGGAUAUUAGAAAAGAACAACCAAUAGAAACAGAGGAAGGUGAUGAUGUCAUUCCCGAUCUAUUACCAAAUGCUAAUGGUUUCACAUUAGAAAAGAAUCCUUGUGCUAUGACAAAGAAAGACGCGAUGGGUUUGCUGCGUUCUUUGAAUGACAAACAGUCACAGAUCUUUUAUAAAGUGCGCCAGUGGUGUCUAGCAAAAGUACAAGGUGAAAACCCAGAUCCAUUUCAUGUGUUCAUAUCUGGGCCUGGAGGAGUUGGAAAGUCAGUGUUGAUUAAAGCAAUAUAUUAUGAAACCUCUCGCAUUCUAUCAAAAUUAUCAGAAAAUACAGAUGAGACACACGUGCUCUUAACCGCGCCGACCGGCGUCAGCGCGUUUCAGAUAAAUGCUCAAACAAUACAUUCAACUUUCGCUAUUGGAACGAAUGCUACAUUGCCAUAUCAGCCACUUGGAGAUGAAAAAAUUAAUUCCUUGAGAGCGAAAUUUGGAAAACUGCAAAUAUUAAUAAUUGAUGAAAUUUCAAUGGUUGAUCAUAAACUUUUGGCAUAUAUUCAUGGCAGAUUGAGACAAAUCAAACAAACGGGCGAUUAUUCAGCAUUUGGAAAAGUCUCAGUAAUAGCCGUCAGAGAUUUUUAUCAACUUUCUCCUGUCAAAGGAAAAGCACUUUAUACUGAACCACAGAACAGUGUGAAUCUUUGGGAAACUCACUUUAGUUUUGUUGAACUUACAGAGAUUAUGAGGCAGAAGGACAAAGAAUUUGCUGAAUUACUAAAUCGUUUAAGGGUACGUAAAAAGGAUGAACCAAUGUUACAAGAUGAUGUUGCUGUGCUUAAAAAAUGUGAAACAGGUGAUGGUGAUUUCACUACAGAUAUCCACAUUUAUGCAACGAACAGUGAAGUUGAUGAGCACAACAUACAUAUGCUGCAUAAAUUAUGUUCUGACACAGUUAUUGUGAAAGCACAAGACUUUGAGAGAAAUGCUAAAACUGGCCGAAUGCAAAAAAAAGAUGGUCAUCAUUUCAAAGUUCAUAACAGCUGUUUAGAAAAAUACCUUGAACUAGCUGUUGAUGCUCGAGUAAUGCUUCUAAAAAAUAUUAAUGUUUCAGAUGGUCUUGUGAAUGGAAUUUUUGGGACAAUUAAAGAAUUCUGUUAUGAUGAUAAUGAAACAUUUCCCUCGAAAAUAUAUAUUGAAUUUGACAAUGAGCAAGUUGGUAAAGAAGCGAGAGGCAAACAUCCAUGUUUAAAACCUGGAUUGGAGAAAGCAACACCAAUUGAACCCGAGGAAGACAAAGUAUCAAGCGAUGGUGGUGUCAGAAGGCAGUUUCCUAUCAGAUUAGCUUGGGCUUGCACAGUUCAUAAAGUACAAGGCCUAACAGUGAACAAAGCUGUUGUUUCAAUGAAAAAGAUAUUUGCUGCAGGACAAGCAUAUGUAGCAUUAAGUCGAAUGACUUCUCUUGAUGGACUCAUCAUAGAAGAUUUCAAAGAAAAAGUUAUUUUUGCAAAAGAUAACGUUGAGCAAGCACUACAGAAUAUGCCGCCAUUUAUUCUUCCACGUGAAACAACAGAAACUUUCACAUACAAAAUUAUUUUACACAAUGUUGAAGGAUUAAUACCACAUAUAUUAGACAUUCGCCAAGAUAACAGAUAUUUUGAAGCAGAUAUGAUAUGUGUAACAGAGACAUGGUUGAAACCAAAUGAUGUGGAGAAUGAUGUUAGUCUUGCUGGGUACCAUUUCCAUGAAAAAACACGUAGUGCUGCAUAUGACAGAAGUGAGGAUGUUUUUGCUAAACUAAAAGAGGAAAAUCACGGUGGUGUUGGUAUAUAUCACAAACAAAAAGUCAAAGUUGUUUCAAUGGAUUUACCAUGCAUUAACAUUGAAUGUUUAAUGUGCAAUAUAGAACAUUUGAACACAACUGUGGCAGUUCUAUAUAGACCACCAUCAUAUAAGAUGCCCUUGUUUAAAGAGAAGUUGACUACCUUAGUUAAUGAAAUGGACUGCUUACCAGGUGGGAAAAUAAUUCUAGGAGAUUUAAAUGAAAACCUUUUCAAUUACUCAAGUAUUCAUGAUCUAAUGCAAAAUUUUGGUUUCACGCAAAUUGUUGAGAAACCAACAACUGAAAACAAUACACUACUUGAUCUAGUAUAUGUGAAAGACAUUGACUUGGAUAAAAUAAAGAUACAUAUUAUGCCCACUUACUUCAGCUAUCAUGAUUGUGUUGUGCUAAAAUGGUUACUAUAA